GGCAUGGGAACGGUCUUACGGGAAGCGAAUCCGCAGCAUUCAACCGCUUUAGAGGUAUGGAUCGAAAGCUUAUUUUUGGCAGGUUUUUUCUUCCUUUGCCACCCCCACUCUGUAUCAGGCAUGUCGGAACUUCAUGAUGCCACCCCCGCCGACCUCGUCGAUUAUCAUAAACGCAACGCCGGGCGACUGAUCAUCGAUCCAGCCGAAGCAAGGAAAGAAUUCGGUGACGCGGUCGCGUCGAAGUUGAAGCUGACAGCGGAUGGAACCAUCGUUCUGUGGCCGCAACCCAGUGCGAUCCCCGAGGAUCCCCAGAACUGGUCGACCCGGAGGAAGGGCGUGCAAUUGCUCAUCGUGACGCUCGCAAGCGCAGUGCCCGAUUUCAUAGGCUCCAUCGGCGUCGCGUCUAUCUUUGCGCUGUCCAAUCGCUACGGGACGACUCCGGCGCGGGUGAACGAAGUGUCUUCCAACUGGGCGAUUCUGCUGCUCGGAUGGGGCGGGUUCGCCGCCGUGAUCGUCACCCGCCGCUGGGGCCGGCUGCCCGUGCUGUUCUGGUCGCAGCUGCUCGCGUUUGCGUUCUUGCUCGCUUGCAUGUUCUCGCCGACCCUGCCAGCGUUCGCCGCCACGCGCUGUAUCGCCGCGUUCUUCUCCACGGCCCCGCAGAUCACGGGGAUGUACACCGUGACCGACAUGUACCCGUUUCACCUCCAGGCGCGCAUGCUCAAUCUGUGGACGAUGGGGUUCAUCAUGUCGCCGUUUGUUGCCCCAUUCGUCUUGGGAUUCCUCGUCGCCCACGUCAACUACGAAUGGGCUUAUUCAAUUGGAGCUAUCUACUCUCUUCUCGUGCUCAUUUUGAUCUUCUUUCUGGGAGAAGAGACGAUGUACAACCGAUCUCCUGAGCAGCCCGCUGCUCCCUCGCAGCCGAGAAAUAGAGUUAUCCGCAUCCGGGAGCUCUUUGGGCUGACAGACAGGCCGAGCAUAACAAGCGAACGGCUGACCUGGUACGAAUGUGUGCUAUCGCUGCUAAACGUGGCCUGGCGGCCGCACACUCUGUUGGUGAUGAUCUACGGCGGCGUGCAGUUCGGGCUGAGCAUCGGUAUUACCAUGACCAACGCCACGCUCCUCGGCGAGCCUCGGCCGCUGGGCUUCGGACUCAGCGAGACCGUCAUCGCCGGCACUUACGCCACCCCGAUCGCCGCCACCGUUGCGGGUGAAAUCAUCGGCAGAUAUGGGAACGACCUGAUCUCAACCCUGAGCAUCCGCCGGAACGCGGGCGUGUUCGAAGCCGAAAUGCGUCUCUGGAUGUGCUACUUCGCGCUCCCGCUCUACGUGACAGGCUUUCUGCUGCUGGGAUUCGGAUUCCAAAACCAUAACCUCGCGGGCGUCAUCAUGGGCUGGCUUCUUGGCCAGAUUGCGAUAAUGUUGAACACCACGGCAAUCUACGCAUAUCUGAAAGACUGCUUUCCCGCGCAUCAAGGUGAAGUAAGCGCGCUGUUCAACUUCUUCCGCACGAUCUGUGGCUUUGCCGUGGUCUAUUUCCAAUUCGCGUGGUUCGAUGCCAGAGGCGGGCUGCAGGUCUUUGGAUGCGAGGCAGCAAUUGUCGCGGCCUUGUUUCAUUUGAUAGUGCCGUUUGUUCAUCUCAGAGGCACUGAUCUGAGGAAAAAAUUCUCAAUCAAACAGUAGCGAGCAAUUUUGGCCAAAUCUGUCCAAAUGCGAGCGACAUCCAUCUCAGUACGACGAUCUCUACCUGCCUCAUGUUGUGUGUGCGUGCGCGUACCUGAAUCAGUACAUUUGCAUCCACAACGAACCGAGCAACCGGCUCAUGCACUUCCCCCAUUCUUCCCACUUAUGUACAACGUGACGCAGCGCGUGACGCGCGGCC